AUGGCAACAACCAAACCACCCGUUCCACCUUUCACCGAGGAAACCGCUCGUAUCAAGGUUAAAGCUGCACAGGAUGUAUGGAACACAAAAAAUCCCCAAGUAGUAAAGAAUGCCUAUACCGAAGAUUCCAUCUGGAGAAACCGCGAUACGUUUAUUCGUGGCCAAGAUGAAAUCGUCGAAUUUCUGACCAAGAAGUGGGCAAAGGAAAACGGAUAUAGAUUGAGGAAAGAACUAUUUGCAUUUGCGGAGAACAAGAUAGCAGUACAAUUCUGGUAUGAGUUUUACGAUGAGGAUGGUCAGUGGUGGAGAUGCUAUGGACUUGAGGAUUGGACGUUUGCAGAAGAUGGGAGAAUGAGGAAGAGACAGAUGAGUGGGAAUGAUGUUAAGAUUGGACAUGACGAGAGGUGGUUUAAAGAAGGGGUGGAUGUUAAUGAAGUCGAGAUUUCGGAGAAACAUUGGUGA